GAUUUCUGCUGUUUAGUCGGUUUUGUACAUCAAACUUUUGGAAAACUAUCGAAUAAAUAAGUGAUUCCGGCAAUCACAAAUCUUAUCUUACAGUUGUUAGCAACUCAAUUUGUUGAGGUUAUCGCGACAACAAAGAUUUGGCGCAAUUUUGAACCAGAUCCAGCAAGUCUACUGUACUAUUUUCAGCUUCUAAAAUGACUGCAAUCGCUAAACUGCAGAAUUUUGUGUCUGGUGCUCUUGAAAGUACACGGUUUCGAUUGAUUCGAAAUGAAAAAGAUUUCAAUGAUGAAACCAUUUCCUUCCACCCGGAAAUGGCCCAUCAAAUAUUCGGAGAACAGGAGAGCAUCUUCGGUUAUCGGGAUCUGGCUAUCGAUAUAUGCUUUGCCGCAGGUUCAAUGGAUAUCUAUUUCAACAUAAAGUAUUCGCUGAAAGUCGAUGAUGUCGGAUCCGAUGGCGUGAAGGCGGAUGAUGUGGAAAAAGCUCUCGCUGAACUGGUGGAGGAUGGUUGCUAUUACACUAAUUUGGAAGAGUACAAAAAGGUGAUAAACGCCAAGGCAAAGUCUUUCAAGCCGUUCGGGGAGAAAAUUGAUGAGUUUCAAGUUAAUCCUGGUAUUAGUGGUUCUGAAGCUAGAACUUUCCAAGUGUACAUGAGUGACAUCAAUGACAAAAAUUUCCUGAAGUUUCACUCUCGACUAGAGACACUUUCGUUUUGGUUUAUCGAUGCAUUCAGCAGAGUUGAACAUGAUCCCUUGUGGAUGUUUUUCACCGUGUACGAAAAGUAUGAGGAAGAUGGCGAGGUUCGCUAUGCCACUGCCGGAUAUUUUACAGUAUAUCAGUAUUACUCGUAUCCGCAAUACAUCAGGCCUCGGAUUAGUCAGAUCUUAAUUUUACCACCAUUCCAAAAGCUUGGUAUUGCUUCGUGGUUGAUUGAAACUACUGUUCAUAACUAUUUCGUUCCAAAGGAAAAUGUUGCGGAUAUUACUUACGAAGAGCCAACCGAUAUUAUACAACACAUUCGUUCGGUGGCAGAUGCGAAACGUUGUAUGACUUUACCGUCAUUUUCAAAGGAAAAGCUUCUUUCCGGAUUCAGUAAGGAUAUGUUGCGUGAAGCGAAAGAGAAAUUUAAGAUCAAUCCCAAGCAGUGCCGAGUGGUGUACGAAAUCUUACGACUAUCGGUAACAGAUACAAAAAUUGAUACCGAUUAUCGAAAUUAUCGAGUAGAGGUUAAAAAACGACUGAAUUUGAACAACAGCAAACACCAGCGAGAUUUGCUGCGCCUGCAGAAGCGUGGAGUUGAUGUCAGUGCGGCUCUCAGUAUUCUCCCAAGCUUGGAAGAUCGAAUCGAACAGCUAAACGCCGAAUAUAUGCAAGUCGAAAAGGUCUACCAACAAGUUUUAAAGAAACUCAAAUUGACAUCUAUUUAAAGUAAAGAAGAAAAAACUACUCAUUGUUUUUAAAUGUUUUUAUAUUAUUUCACUUGUUCUUAUGUUUUUUUCUUCAAAUGUCAUCUGUUUCUAAGUCACGGUACUACAAUAAGUUGAA